CCACGCCCACAGGCAUGAGGGAAUCUACAACGUUUCAAGAUGGCACAAAACCAUAGCCUAUGAUAGGUGUCAAUUUUCUGUCAUGCUUGGUCAUCAAGAUGACGACUUUCUACCGGAAUAGAAUUCUUAGAAGAUGAUGCCAACCUUGACCCCUCACAUACCAGUACCGCUGCCCUCCUACUCCCAGGCCAGGGAGAACCUGGUGAGGGCUAUCCCACCCAGACUCCUCUGUCUGCUGGCCUGUGGAGGAAUAGACUGUCGCUAUGAAGGACCAGAGUGCUGGAAAUUAAACCAACAGGUCAUUCGAGGCAUUUUCUCCUCCUGGGUGACAGAUGACAUAAUUGCCAUGGCACGACCAUCCAAUCGUUUAAUUGAGAAGUACAACAUCAUAGAACAGUUUCGAAGGUUGAACGUCAGAUCGAUCAUCAACAUGCAGUUCCCAGGAGAGCACGCUCACUGUGGACCUCCCCUAGAUCUUGAAAGUGGUUUUACUUACUCACCACAGAUCUUCAUGGACAAUGACAUUUACUUUUACAACUUUGGGAUGCCGGAUUUCGGUGUGUCCUCUCUCGUUGGCAUAAUUGAUGGGGUGAAGGUUUUGGCCUUUGCAGUGAGGGAAGGAAGAGUUGCCGUGCACUGCCAUGCAGGCUUGGGCAGGACAGGUGUUCUGAUAGCCUGUUACUUGAUCUACACCCUGCGCAUUAGCCCAAGUGAGGCCGUCCACUAUGUGCGGAUUAAACGGCCUCGCUCUAUCCAAACCCGGGCGCAGAUCAGCCAGGUUUUUGACUUUGCUCGCUUGCUUGGUACACAGCUGGUCCAAUACCCAGACCUCAGCCUGCGGCACGGAGCCCCUUUCACCCUGCAGCACUACCUAAACCGACAGGCGCUGCUGCUGCAUGGCCAGGAGGCACGCACCCUCAGACAAACACCAAAGGUGGUGUACCUCCUGUGUGUGCGUAUCUCCUGCUUAGUUCUGGGUCUCCCUGCUUCUCCAGAGGUCCAUGCUGAGCUGGAAAAGAGGUCAGCACUGAGGACCCUGAUCAGGACUGUGAGGGAGACCCUGGUGGCCACACAGUACUUGCCCUUGCUGAGAGAGGGUCAUAAGGGCUCACGGUUGGGCUCAGUGUCCUCCUGGGACGAGCCGCUGGGAUUCUUGGAGAGGAAGAGAGGGGUCCUGCUGGACAAACGCAGCUACAGCGACUCUGACCUCAGCAAGAUCACUGAUCAGGAGCUGAGUCCGUACUGCACACCAAGACUGGGAAAUGAGAGACACUGGUGCGUACAGGAUCUGAUACGACCUGAUCUGAGGCCAGUGAGUCCAGUCCUUGCCACACUUUCACCUGGUCACCAGACCUCCAAAAAGGAGUCUCAUACACUCAACAUCCCAAUAUCCAGCAUGAAAACAAGCAACAACUGCGCUAAGAGUUUGAAGUGCAAAGCUAAAAAGGCGCUCCCUAAAUACAGCUCCAACAUUGAGUUGUGCAGAAAUCCACAUACUCCAGGCCCGACCUCAUUGGCCCGCGCUUUUGCUAAGGCAAUGGCAGAACAAGGUCCUCCGGGAGAGACCAUACUACAAAGGUCGGCUCUGCUGCAGGAGGAGCUGAACAGUAGUGACUAUGGAUGGGCUCUGCUGGUGACUGAGUCAGAUCCUCAUGUUCUCAGUUGUCUGUUGUGGACCUGGCUGGAAAAGUUAAGGGAGCCUCUUCUGAGUCCAGAGGAUGUAGACAGGCUGUGUAUUGGAGUAAACAACAGGAAGCCUCUCAGUGUGCUCAAGAAGUCACAGAGACACACCAUCUAUUGUCUGCUGAGCUGUGUGAGUACGGUGACCAGCCUGUGUCCACACAGAGAGGAUGCAGUGCUGCAACGGCUGAUUCGGGCACUUACAAGGCGCCCCCAAGAGGAAAUUGGAAACCUUGCAACGUUGAUGAAGGUCCUGAAGGCCAGUUUGAGAGAAACCUUCCACAACUACAGUUACCUAAUGAGGGCCUGCAGCACAAAUGCUACACUUUGAAGAGCAUAAUCCACAUCAGAACAACAACGAAAAGAGCAGUCUCAUUUUUAAAAAAAAUCGUCAGUAUUACAUCAUGGGCACCUGAUUGUGGACAAAUUCAAGAGGUGUAAUUGUCACGGUCGACAUUUUGACGUGUCACACCAGGAAAAGCACAGGUGUAAAGGUGAAUUUCAUUUAGCUGCUUCAGUGUCAGGCUGCUGAUAUUCAUGCUGACUUGCUGUUCAAGUGACCUACGGCGACGCUUGAACAGAACAGAGGCAGCCUCCGUGUUACGAGAAACAGCUGUGCUCUUCCUAGUAUAACAAGUUAAAAUCACACCGAUACCGUGAUUACUGUAAUACAUUUUGUUUCAUGUCUACUUUCAAUAGUAUGCAAGAUACUUAGUACAACCAGAUUGAAUCUAACCAGUGUGUCUGUGGCCUGUUACAGGCUUUUAUACCUAAUAAAUCAUUUACACCAUCUG